AUGCGAGUGGUGCUCUGCAGCUUCGCUGCGCUGUUCGGCGGCGUCUACGUGUGGCACGCCCUGGCGGCCAGCCUCGUCGGGAGCCUCGUCGCCCUCACUCUGCAGGAGUUUCUCGGCGCGUACGUGUGCAUCAUCAUGGCCUUCGCCGUCGUGUCCUUCAGGCGCCUGUUGCACUCCGUUGCCCAGGACGACACCACCAGCUCGCCAGUGGUCGUCUCCGCCAGCGCCUUGGGGGACGCCGCGUGGGCCCGCGCCCUGGCGAUCUGCCUCGGCCUGCCGGCGCUGCCCGCCCUCCUGGCCGCGUCCUGCGCCAACCAGGCCGUGCGCCGCCUCCGCGGCCGCGCGGGCGCGGGCGGCCUCGUCACCGACCGCGUCGCGUCGGCGCUGGGCAGGUGUUGGAGCUCCGAUUGGCUGCUGCUGCUACCGUGGGUCUACCUGUGGUCGUUAGCCCUGGUGGUGUCCAAAGUGACGCCAGUGCUCCUCAACGUCCUACUGGUCUGGCUGAGGCAGGUGAUGAGCUCGUGGCCCUACCCGCCCGUCGUGCUCGGCGUCUUCUGCCUCGGCAUGGUGCUGUUCCUCCUGCCGCCCGUGCCGGGCCCCCCGAUCUACAUUUUCGCGGGCAUGGUGAUGUCGCAGAAGUGCCCGGGUGGGUUCUGGCAGGGCGCCCUGAGCAGCGUCGCGCUCUGCUUCGCCCUCAAGCUGUGCGCCUGCGCCGUGCAGCAGAAGGUGCUCGGGGAGCUGCUCGGCGGCGUGCACGCGGUGAAGCGGGCCGUGGGCGUGCACAGGCCGUUCGUCCGGGCGAUCGAGCUGAUCCUGCGCUCGGAAGGCCUCUCCUUCGGCAAGUGCGCGGUGCUGUGCGGCGGCCCAGACUGGCCCACGUCGGUGCUGGCCGGCAUCCUGAGGCUGUCGCUGUGGCAGUGCCUGCUGGGCACGUGCCCCGUCUGCGGCAUCAUCCCCAUGAGCAUGACCGGGAGCUUCCUGAACAAGAGGCACCUAGACGAGCGGUGGUACAACGCGGGCAACCUGAUGUUCUACGUCACGCUGCUCGUGUCCGUCGUCUUCUGGGCCGGCUCCGCGUGGGCUGUGCAGGAGGCGUUCGACCGGCACGGCGAGGCCCUGCGGUCGCCGCGGGCGGACUGCGUCCACCUGGACUGGCUCGACCACCGGGCCGCCUUCGUCGCGGAGCGCUCCGCGGUGAAGUGGGAGGAGAGCUGCCGGGCGCCGUGCGCGGCCUGUACCUGCUCGGGGCCCUCGUCGCCGUGCUGGUGGCGGACGACCUCCUCUCGAUCGCGGGGGGCGCCUGCUUCGGUCCCGUGCAGGUCACCGCGAGCCUCGGCGAUCUGCAGUGGCUCGGCCCCGAGGGCAUCGUGCGGCCCCCGGGCGCCGCCGGGCUCGCGGCCGCGCUGGAGGUCGACCCGCACGAGGCCGCAUGGAAGGAGCGCCGCCUCCAGGACCGAGGCGCACGAGGCGGCAGCGCAGCAAAGCCUGCGCGGCGGCGAGGCCGCCGAGGGAGGCGCCUCCGCCCAGCCCCUGCUCGGCGUGGAGCUGGCGGGCCUCCCGCCGCACGCCGGGCCCCGCGGGGCCGCGACUCCCUGA